AUGAAACUCACUGAUUUACCCACUGAGAUACUUGUGGAUGGGAUCUUUAAUAGGUUUGAUUCGCUGCACACUUACAAAGCACUUUCACAGACUUGUCACAAAUUUAAAGAUCUUUUAAGUGAAUCUCUUUUGGUUAUUCAUAAUGAUGACUCAAAAUCUACGGUAUCACAGAGACUUUUUGACUUGAAUAACUUAAACCAUGUUAAUAUUUGCAAGAUAUCAUUGGAAUCAUUAUUACAAAUGAUUCAAAAAUAUCAUUUUUUCAUCUUCAAUUUAAACAUUGAUGAUCUGGAAACUCAAGUACUUCAUAAUCAAAUUAAAAUGUUGAAAAUCAUAUUGAAAUGCUUACAAACUCAUCAGGUGCAUCAUACAGUCUAUGUUAACGCUAAAGAUUUUAGUUCUAAUCCAUUAAUCAGAUUCCUUUUGCCUAAACUGAACUCAUCAUUUACUGAAUUUUAUUUCCCCUUGGUUUCCAAGAUUGAAGGUUUUGAUGAUUUAAGAUUAUUAGAUAACACAAAUUGUUAUUUCAGUCAAUUGAAAGAAAUGACUAUUGGAAGUUUAUCAUUCCAAUUGUUUAAUCUCAAAGCUCCAAAAUUGAAAAUUUUAAACCAAAGUGAAGUUAUUUUAAAAAGAGUAAUCACUGAAAGUGUUAGUACAACUAGAAUUACAAGUACGAAAUUUUUGGAUAACUUGAAAUGUUCUAAAUUGGAAGUUUUAGAAGUAAUUGGAGGGAUUGAAAAGUCAACUCUUGAUAGAUUUAAAUCACUACAAGUGUUGAGAAUCUAUGCAGAUAAUAAUUCACAAUCAAUAAAUAUUGAACAACUCAGUUCAUUGAAAGAACUUGUUAUUUCUAAAUGCUCUAAAUUAGAGCACAUUGUUGGACUAGGAAACUCUAACUCCACAUUAGAACAUAUAGAUAUUUCAAAUAAUAAAAAUUACAACAAAACAACCAUGGGUAACUUCCCCAGUUUAAAGAGAUUAAAUCUAUCAAAUACCAAGAUAUCAACAUACCCUGAGAUCCAGUCUUCAGAAAGACUUUUAGUGAAUGUGGAAGGGUGCGCUUCGCAUCUUCAUGCUAUUGAAGAAACUAUACAUGACACAAUUCAAGAUUCAGCAGAAAAAAUCGUUACAAUAAGACCCAAAAGUUCAGCUUUAUUCAAGACUUAUGAUGGUAUAGAAAUUGUGGGACAAAGAAUGUUACUUGAAGUAUUACAUGAAGUUCAAAGAUUAUUACAAGAUGAUGGGAUUGCUGUUUCUAAAAUAAGUUUUGUUGGUUAUUCAUUAGGUGGAUUGAUUUCAAGAUAUAUGAUUGGUGAGUUGGAGAAGUUAGGAUUCUUUGACACUGUGGAACCUCAAUACUUUACAACUUUUGCCUCACCACAUCUUGGAGUUUUCUUUUUCAAGCCUUGGUUUAGUUUAUUAAAUUUCCUGGGGAGUUCAAUAUUAGGUCUUGUCGGUAAAGAAUUAUUCAUCAAAGAUCAAGGGAAAAUCUUGGUUAGAUUAAGUGAAGGUGAAUAUUUUAAAGGUUUAGAAAGAUUUCAAAAAAGAUAUAUAUUUGCAAAUAUUCGUCAUGAUAGAUCUGUUAAUUUUUAUACUGCAUUUUUAACUAAUAAAAAUCCAUUUGAUAAACAUUGGGAUCAAUUAGAUUUGAAAUUUGAGUUCGAUGAAGAUUUAUUAUCAACAUAUACAGUGAGAGGAAUUGAUGUUAAGCCCAAAAUUGUUAAUUUAGAAACUUCAACAUUUAGAGAAAAGGAUUAUAAGCCUCCUAAGACUUCAUGGACUUCAAGGUUUAAGUAUGCUGGUGUUUUAGUGCUUGUCUGCUUCAUAUUGCCAAUCUGGAUACCGCUUAUAUUCACGGCAAGUACGAUUGGUUCAAUAACAAGUUAUUUCAUUGUUAGAACUUAUAAAGGACCUGAUAUAGAUGCUUUAAGAGAGUUAGCAAAUAAUAAAAAACGGGUGAUUGACUAUGAAGAAGCUCAUGGAGCAGAUGAUAUAACUGAAGAGCAUGAACCUCUACAGGAAAGAUUAGAAGAUGCCACGGGUGAAGCAUUGGAGAAUGUAAUUAAUGUUGGGCAUUAUUCACCAUCAACUGAUUCAACUCCACCAACUGCCUGUGAAUCUGUUAAGGAAAAACUUUUAGGUAAGACAAAAGCGGUUGUUAAAGAGGCACCAAAAAUUUUGAUCUUGAAAAGUAAAGUGGAUCAAUUAUACAAAUAUUUAAAUGCCAAAUUUUUAGAUCCUGAUGUUGAACAAUAUGAAAUUUUCCAGAAAACUGAUGCUUUACCUUUGAAUCAUGAACGGAUUGGAAUCUUGAACAAUUUGAAUCAACUAACUUGGAAUAAGUUUGCAGUUUAUGUUAAUGUUUUGAAUGCACAUGAUGGGAUAAUUGCUAGAAAGGGAUUGAAGAAAAGUACAGUUAAAGGUGUUGCAACGGUUUAUUUUUGGGGUGAAUUGAUUAAUAGAGAGAUUAGAGAAUCUUAUAAAUAG